AGCUGAGUGUUGGGGAAAUGCAAAGUUUGUUGGAUGUAGUGAUGUCAAGAUUUCUGGACUCGCCUUUAAUCUGGUUGAAAGACCUAGCAUCUUACCUCAAUGUACGUAUCAAUCCUGUAAGGCAACCUGAUCCAGUUUUCAAAGGUCAAGAUCCUUCUUAUCCAGCAUCAAGACUGUCAAGCAAAGUAAAGCAGCUGUUGCUGUCUACUCUUAGUCAGUGCAGUGACACAGUAUUAGCAUCUUUCCAUAAGCAUUGCAUUACAAAUAUGGUACAAGAGCAAAUCAAAGGACUAAGCGUUGCAGGUUACAAGUUAUUUUUACAGAUACUAUCAAUGCACCGUCCACAUGUGGGUAUUGUUCAUUUGCAGUCAUAUUGUGAAUUACGUCAAUCAAUUCAGAAUCAGACUCCAACAUGUCUCUCCUUACUCUGGGCUGUUGGCCAGCCUGGUAUAAACAAUUUUGGUAUUGGAUUGAGAAUAUGGAUGGAGCUCAUGGUACCCCUUAUUGGCUUGAAGAACUAUUCAGCAUAUGUAGUUGAUUAUGGCUGCGAUGUUUUUAGCGGUGGAGGUGGUGGUGGCACAGAAGAAUAUGCUGAUGUUCUGGGAGUUCGGGAGUUUUUCUCAAUUCUUGAUUUCACUUGGUGUUCCUCUGGUUCUUUGGCAAAACCAGUACAAAGACAGCUCUUUGCUUUAUAUCCAAAAGUCAAGACUACAGCAUUUACUUCAAAUCCAGAGGUUGUACUUCGAAACUUUUUCCCCUCAUUUCUUCGUAGAUUAAAUGUGGAUGCACCAGAACAGCUGAAAACAGAGUUAAGGACGUGCCUCGUACAGUGUUUAAUGCAAGAUCCACAUUGUUGGAGUGUUUGGUCCCAGCUUUAUCUGAAACAUUUGCCACAAUCGGCAAUCCUGCUUAAGCAUUUAGUUGCUGAAGUGGAUAUGUUGAGUCAGUCUUCCAAACCCAACAAAGUCGAAAUCCAGAAGAUGCUUAAAUGUUUUUCAGAAGCAAACAAACAGAUGACUCAUAAAAUUGAUUCGGUUCCAGGACUCGGAGAUGCAACUGAAGCUACCAAUGAGUUACUAAGCCUUUUAAGAAGAGUCAAGACCAGUAAAAAGUCAUCAGGUCCGAGGUUUUGGAGCAUCUUGGUAGUGGUUUUAAUUAUUGGUAUUAUUUGGGACAUAAAGUCAGCUGGAUCAUUUUAUGGUUCCAAAGUAGGUUUAACAUUAGAAAGAGCAGGACUUAUUCCAUAUGUAGAAGCCUUUGGCAGAUCUCUCAGAUUUGUGACCAUUCAAGUGUAUAGAUGGUGUGUACAUAACAUACCUUUCUACUACAGCAAGGGAUGCGAUUUAGCAGAACCAUAUCUCCUGCUAGUUUGGAGUUGGUUUGAAGUAGCAGUUGCAUAUUUUUGGGCUGGGCUAGAAUCAGCAGUAAAAUAUAUUCCCAUAAUGAAGGAAUCUUUUGACAAGAGUUUACCAGGGUUAAGCACAUCAGUUAGUCAUUAUGCAAAUGCUGCGCUCAAGUAUGGGAAUACUACUGCAAUUGCAGUGAAAGAUGCUGCAAUGCCUUAUCUGUUGCAAGUUCACAUUAUAUAG